AUGAGCAGCUGCCCUGCGCCUCUAUCUGGCGCUUACCCGUCAGCAGACGCCAAGGGUGCUUCUUCGAGCUGGAACGAUCAGAGUACGCAUACGCGACGCGGUGCGGAGUGGACGCCUAGGAGGGUGUACUUGACGCUCGGGACUAUGCUGGGAUCUGUGGCACUCGCGCUUGUGCUGCUUGGAUUUGACUUCGGGUCCGGUGAAGAGGGUAGGGGCAGUAUUGGUGUGCAGAGGGUGAAGGCGAACGAUGAUGGUGUGGCUAAGCUGCCUGUGAUGGGGUACAACACCUGGAACGCGUUCGCCUGCGAGAUCAGCGAGGAUAUAGUGCUUCAGCAGUCCAAUCUCAUGGUAUCGCUCGGUCUGGUCGACGCUGGCUACAAUUUCAUGAACAUCGACGAUUGUUGGGCUGAGAAGAACCGGAGCGCAGAUGGAAGCGUUGUUGCAGACGCGGAGCGCUUCCCGAAUGGAAUGAAGAACUUGACAGAUCAGAUUCACGGGAUGGGCAUGUCUACGGGAAUCUACAGCGACUCUGGCUGGUUUACGUGCCAGAUGUACCCCGGUUCAUUCAUGCACGAGGCGCAAGAUAUUCAAACCUUCCAGGACUGGGGCUUCGACUUGCUGAAGUACGAUAACUGUGCUGAACCAUUCGACGAUAUCCUUCGCCAAGGCCAAUACGGCAAGUUCAAGCGCAUGGCGGAUGCCAUCGCGAACCUGUCCACGACGACUGGCGAGAAGCCCAUCAUUUACUCCUUGUGCCAGUGGGGAAGGGAACAACCGUGGUACUGGGCGCGCGAGUUCGGUCAGAGCUGGAGAACUACCGACGACAUUGGGCCUGAAUGGUGGAUCUUGGCCAGCAUCAUUAACGCCAACUCGUUCAUCACCUGGGCCACCGACUUCUAUGGACGAAAUGACAUGGACAUUCUGGAAGUUGGCAAUGGGGACAUGACCUUUGACGAGCAGAAGUCUCACUUUACGGCCUGGGCCCUCAUGAAGAGUACGCUUCUCAUCAGUACCGAUCUCACGACGGUCACGAACGAGACGCUGGAGAUCCUCACCAACCCGGAGAUCAUCGCGAUCAAUCAAGACCCAGUCGUGGGCAAGUCUAUCCAACCGUUCCGAUGGGGCCUCAACCCCGACUGGACGUUCAACUCGUCUUUCCCCGCACAGUAUUGGUCCGGUCAAAGUGAAAACGGCACGGUCUUCAUGUUGCUCAACACACUCGACGAGCCCGCUGACAUGUUCUUCAACCUGACCGAAUCGCCCUGGAUCCGCGCUGGAAGAGAGUACAACGUACGCGAUCUCUGGACACAUACUGAUAACGGAACAGCCAUACGCAACUUCACAGCUGAGGCCGUCCCGCCGCACGGCGUCGUCGCGUUGCUGCUGACUGACGCUGGUGAUGAGCCCGAUGGUCUCUCCCCGCCUUGUGUGAUCAUUGAGUGGUGUACUGCUGAGAAUGGCACGCGUUACGAUGGACAGUAG